AUGCGGCGCGGGCUUCUGGUUUUCCUCGUCGUGAACCUCCUCAUUAUCACCUUCCUGAUUCGCAGCGUGUCUACACUCCUGUCGUUGCUGUUGGAGGAUGCCGCGGCUGAUGCGAUCCACCGUGCGGAGCUCCCCUCGCCAAACUCGUCUCUGAUCGAACAACGUCCCCAGAUCAUUCCCAAGAUCAUCCACCAGACAUACAAGAACGAGUCGAUCCCGGAGGUGUGGCAAGAAGCCCAGCAGAGUUGUAUUGACCUGCACCCGGACUACGAAUAUAUCCUUUGGACCGACGACAAGUCACGCGAGUUCAUCGCCGCCGAAUACCCUUGGUUUCUGGACACCUUUGACGGCUACAAAUACCCCAUCCAGCGCGCGGACUCCAUCCGAUACUUUGUCCUGGCUCAUUACGGUGGAACAUACAUUGAUCUUGAUGAUGGUUGCAACCGUCGUUUGGAUCCUCUUCUCGCAUACCCCGCGUGGGUUCGUCGCACCGUCCCCACGGGAAUUUCGAACGACGCCAUGGGAUCGGUUCCGCAACACCCAUUUUUCCUCCGGGUAAUUGAGUUGCUGCAGGCAUAUGAUCGCAGCUGGCUUCUCCCCUAUAUCACCGUCAUGUACACCACCGGCCCGCUAUUCUUGUCGGUGGUUUGGAAGGAGUAUAUGGCAGAAAAUCCCGGCGAAGCGGGCCGGGUUCGGAUCCUCAUGCAGGAUGAAUACAACCGACACUCGUGGAGUUUCUUCACUCACCAUGUGGGCAACAGCUGGCACGGCAAAGAUGCCAGGCUAAUCUUCUGGAUGGGCCAGCACUGGGUGUUCCUCACCCUCUGCGGAUUCAUCCUUGCUGCUGCCGUGGGGCUGUGCCUGUGGUGGGCCUAUGGACGACUGAUCCUGCUGGGCUCCAAGUACCGCUUUCGCUAUGCCAAGCUCCCCAAUCUCCCUUCGAUCCCCGGUCUGUCUUCGCCAAAUCGUCGUUCCCGCCGCAUGAUGCCCACCCUCCUCCGUCGCGUCAGUUUCAAGGAGGACGAGGAAGCGGGCCAUGUCACCGAGACAUCUUACGAAUUCUUCGACCGACGGGACUAA